AUGUCGACGGACGCGGCGCCCUCGGCAGAGGACAAAGCUCGAUAUGAUUCCCUGCGGAAAGAACUCGUACAGGCCCUGACCAAGAAGCGCCAACUGGACAAGCAGUUGGCUGCGACAGAGCUCGGGAUAUACAACUUGGAAGGAAAUUACUUGGCGGAAGCUCUGCGCGACGGUGGCGGAAACAUCAUACAUGGUUUCGAGAACUACCUCAAGAACCAGAACACGGCCAGGCGCAAGACGGAACUCAGCGAUGCCGACCGUUUCUUCUCCAAUAGCAGCGUGACUUACCAGAAGGCGCGCGCAGCACAUUCUCUGGAACUCAUGGGCGAUGGAGAGGAAUCAACCGCCACCAUCGACGACGGCAAGCUCACGGCCGGGUCAAAUUCCGUCGUUGUUCCCAUUCCGCCCGCUGGAAAGUCGGAGAUGUCUGCCGCGCAGCAUAAGAAGAAUAGGGAUAGAGAAUACCAGAGGCGAAAACGCGCGAGCAACCGCAAGAGCGCAACAGGUCAGGACAGCGACGACGAGAGCGUGUCGACGAUGUCGAGCAAACGGCCGACGAAGCGAGCUCGACUGGCGGAGGAUGAGUAG